CGAGCGCGUGAAAGAGCCGGUGCUCCGCUUUCGUGCGCUGAGCUGAACGUCACUGACUCAAGUCUCAACGUGGAACCUGAAUGACGCCGACCAUCUGCGGGCUGAAACCUUGGCUCCACGACAAUGUUCGCUCGGUACAGGAUCUUGUUCAUCGCCGGUAUUGGUUUAGCCGCUCACGCACCAAUGCUUGAAGCUGGUCCUGCGAUAUUAUCUGAGCUGAACGUGACGAUGCUGUUGAAUCCCGUACUGCAAGCAGUCGACGAAGGCGCUAGAGUGGCGAGGCAAAUCCCGGUGUACAACCGGCGCAUUGGCUUCUACCCGUAUGGCGUGCGGUUCGGCAGCCCGUUUGCCAGCCUGACGGGGGCUGCUGCUGUCCCGUUUGGUGGUCUGCUAGGAGGACCAUUCGGCGCCAACAUCGGGAGCGGAAUCGGAGCUGGCUAUGGGUAUGGAGGAAACCUGGGUGGCUUCCUGCCCAUACGGGGACCCACCUCGUCCAUCCUCGUGCCCCAGCUGGUUGUUGGGUACCAGAGACCCUACCUCCCUUUUCUCGUGGGUAUACCGUACCCAGUGUACAUACCGGUACUGCCCACUACAGGCGCGGGCAUAUUUCCCACAGACGUUGGCUUCGACGCCGCGACCAACUAACUGAUUGAACUCUGUACUGCCUCCACGUGUAUUGUGAUGUGCUCUAGACGCCCUUUCACUACACUUGCAAUACAUCUUACCUGAAUGCAUCCUUCAAAAUUAAGCAGUUGUGUAAGACUGUAGUGUGUUGAAUUUUCUUGACGGCUUAAAAGAUGGCUGGCAUUCAAUAUGCUACGAAGGGUUCAGGAGGGAUGCAAGUUACCUUGACAAUCGGUCAUUGUCUUUCCGGUAAAGCCCCAGAACACUGCCAAAAUGGCACAGCUGAUUGCAUUCAAGCUUCGUCCGGAGUCGUAUACGCCAAAUUAACAGGAAAAUUUGCUCCUUUGGAAUCCCUGAUAUGUUGAAUGACGCAAUCACAUGUCGCAUUUAAGUUCGUGUAUCCUAUAUCAA